CCACCAAACACUACUGUUGAUUAAAGUUUUCAGCUUGGAUUGCGUUAUUGCACUAUGUACGGUAUGCACUAUACAGGCGCAAUCCACACCUACGGCGACGUGACGUGUUUCGACCAAGCACAAUAAUAAUUUUUACCGCGACCAGACAGUUGUGUUGUUCGAUCGGUGCACACUAGAGCAGCGCCGUCGUCGGCAGAAUAAUAAUUGUGUUCAUUUGUUGGGCGGCAUAACUGCACCGUUGGGAAUUCUUGCGCGUCGAACGAGUUGCACGUUUACUUCCUUCCAUAAUAAUUAUUACUUGAUAUCCAUCAGCUACCAUGCCGGUUCGUCGUAUCGAGGAUCCCAACCGGAAGGGCGGACGCGCCAGGAGCUACAUUGACAACAAACUCCGCACCAAGAAUGGCGAAUUGGUCCCGCUCAGCGCCGACGCAUUCCAGCAGAUCUACCUGCAUUAUGACCGAGACGGGAAUGGUUAUUUGGAGCGCGAUGAAAUUGACAAAUUUCUUAAGGACUACCUGAAUUCUUCCUUAAUUGGCCUCGGGGAGCAAACCCGUGUUACGGAUGAGGAAGCUCAAGAACUCCGAGGAAUGUUUAUGGAAGAAUUCGACGAAAACAAGGAUGGCCGCAUUUCCCUUCGGGAGCUGACAUCGAUUCUGCCGGUAGAGGAGAGCUUUUUCGUUAUGUUCCGCCACGAUAAUAAAUGGGAAAAGGGUACCGAUUACAUGAAGAUUUGGAAAAAAUACGACCGCGACAUGAGUGGAUACAUCGAGAUUGAUGAAUUGAAGACAUUCUUACGAGAUGUUGUGCAAAGAGCAAAUCCAAACCAGCCCGUUAAAGAAGACCGUCUUGACGAAUACACCCGCAUGAUUAUGGAAGCCUACGAUACCAACAAAGAUGGGAAACUCGGAAUGUCGGAAUUAGCAAAGUUACUGCCGCCGGAGGAAAACUUCGUGCAACGAGUUCUUGACAAGGCCAUAUCGUUGCACAAAGUCAGCUCUUCCGAUGUGGAACAAAUUCUCAACAAAUAUGAUAAAGACAACAGCGGCACACUGGAAGGCAAUGAAUUGUCCAACUUGGUGCGGGAAAUUUUAUCGGUGACCCAGUCGUACUACAACGCCAGCGAUGUGUAUGAGAUGGAGCAAGCUCUUCUGAAAGGGUGUGAUGUCAACAACGACGGACGCAUUGACCGUCGCGAACUGGCGCUGAUUAUCCAGGCCAUCGCCAACUCCCAGACUUCCGAUGACCAUUCGCAUGAGCAGAAAACCGAUUUAGCCCGCCGUGUAUACCAGGGCCGCAAGAGCCAAUACAUACUGUCGUACGUGCCACUGGACGCCGAUUACAGCCAUAAACACGGACAUACCCACCAAGUCCGCCACUGACUUAUGUCCCACAACGGGGGCAGCGUCGCCCAUUGAAUAAUAAUUCUUUAAUGACAAAAUUUCAUUGUUAGUUCCAUCGUACAGCAUGGCAUGAGCGAAAGUGAAUUGAUACCACGACGGAUAACCGCAAAUGUAGCGGAAUACUGUCCACGAUAUUUUCUGUAGCAUUUGGAUUUGUUCUUGUUAAUUUCAUAAUAAUGACAUUAUCGUUUCGAUUUUUUUCUCAGCUAGGGCGGUUUUGGAAGUUUACGCUGUUUUGCCGAUUCUUAUUGUGAAGCAUUUAGGAAGCAUUUAGUAAUAAAAGUACUGCCAAAAAAA